AUGAGGUCGUCCAUGCUGGUCCUGCUCCUCUUCUUCAGUGCCCGGGCUGUGGCCUCCAUCGGAGGGGACUCGUGUACCACCACGACGGCACAGCAGCAGCAUCCAGGUGACCGCUCCAUCCCCACGGUGGACCCCAAACUCUUCACCAAGCGCCACAAACUCUCGCCCAGGGUGCACUUCAGCUCCCAGCCCCCCGAUGCAGAGCCGGCAGCGUCCCCGGGUGCGCCCGGCGGUCGGCCCCGCAGGCGGGCGGGGCAGCCGCAGCACCGCGGGGUGUACUCGGUGUGCGAGAGCAUCAGCGUCUGGGUGGGCAACAAAACCAAGGCCACGGACAUCUCGGGCAACGAGGUGACGGUGCUGCCGGACGUCAACAUCAACAAUGUCAACAAGAAGCAGUACUUCUUCGAGACCAUGUGCCACAGCACCCGCCCGGGCAGCUCGGGCUGUUUGGGAAUCGACGCGAGACACUGGAACUCCUACUGCACCAACUCACACACUUUCGUACGAGCGCUGACCACCUUCAAGAACCUGGUGGCGUGGAGGCUCAUACGCAUCGACGUGGCCUGCGUGUGCGUGCUCAGCCGCAAGUCAUGGCGGCAGUGAAGACUUGAACCUGCACCUCACGCACACGUACACACACUCACACACUCGGUCAGACACAUACGUGCUCAUGCUAACAUGCAGACAUUUGUGACUCUCUCUUCAUAACUUAUCACCAAAGACUUCUCACUCGGCACAAAGUAAAUUAUUGGUCAAAGUAUCAGGACUGCAUGUACAUACACCAGACCUGGGUCAAGCUGUAUCCCCAGUGGUUUGUAGCUGGGGAUCCUGGGUAAGAUCUAGCCCUGAGUUGUAUUUCAGUUGGUGGGUAGACAUAGUCAACACAUUGAUAAAACUUUGUUUUUAUUCUCAAAUGAAAACCACUUUAUCGCUCAAACACGGAAUCCAACAGAAUUAGUCACCAGGUGUGGCAGCAGGGGGCGCUGUUGCCCGGUAAAAGUCACAUAGUGUUGCUUUAAGCCUUGGUUAUAGUGCCCUCUAGUGGCCAAUAGAUGAUUUGAAUGAGACAACCUUAUUUGCAGUGUGAGUUGCAGCUUCAGGGGACAGUGUGUGUGUGGGGGGCGGUCUUUUUUAAGUUUUUACACAACCACACGGUAAUUAUGGGAUUUUUUUUGCCACUAAUCAUGUUUUCCUAAACACAACCCACUCCCUGUAAGCAGCUUACGGCAUCCCACAACUAUUUGAGAUACAAUUUGACCCAGGUCUGAUAUAAGCGAAACCUUUUGUUCAAAUGUUGUUGUUGACAUUGUUAUUUAUUAAACACUCACAUCCAUGC